UCUGGAUGGUGCGUGUACUAACGUGACGAUCCAAAGUUGAUCUUAAAGCGUGAAAAGAGCUUGUCCUUGUUGGGACUUCUGGAAGGAUGACUUGUGUAUGGUUUCUUAAAAAAAGGUAAACAGUCUACUUCUGAGUUAGGCAAUAGGACUGUGAUUCACUAGUAGGUAUAGAAAUGUUGAGUCGUGCUCUACCUCGCCACUGGCCAGAGCGCCACGUGGUCUCCUCAUUCUUCCGCUCUCGCGGACGAAAAACCAAAACCUUUUUAGUACUAGAGCAACGAAAAAGUCACUUCUCAACAAGUGGUGGCGCGUCAACAAGUGCAAGUGCGGCACAUGCAGGUGUAACAACUGCAGCAGGCUGCGCGACCUCAACCUCAUGUACAAGUAGCACAAGUUCUUCAUCUACGUCUUCAUCAUAUUCGUCCUCCUCCUCAAGUACCUCUCUUUCUACGUCGUCCUCAUCCGCCUGCUCAUCCGCCUCCUCCUCAUCCGGUGCUCCGUUACCUAUUACCGCAAGUACCUAUGCCUCAGUUAGGCAGGAUGUUCUUGAGGCUAUCGAGGAGUGUGAAUUCGUUGCAUUCGAUAUGGAGUUGACCGGUUUGCAUAGAUUAAGGCUACAUUUUUGUAGCACUGAAUAGUAACAUUGAUUGAAUUGGUAUAGUACAACUCUUGAAUUAUUAGUUUUUCAUUGUAAGUAACAAGAAAUCCAUCUUCUUCAACAUGAUCUUGGUCCUCCCGUUUUCCAUCACGGAAAAAUAAACGGGGGAACCAAGAUGCUCUAGUCCAGCAUGUUGGAUUUCUCUGGGAACCAAGAUGCUCUAGUCCAGCAUGUUGGAUUUCUCUUAGUUCUAAAUAGAAUGACCACUUCCCGCUUUGUCGGUGUACAGCAAGCCUACGACGCGCACGCGCAAGGAGCCAAGUACUUUAUGCCGGUGCAAAUGGGGUUGUGCAUGGGCAGAAGGAGAACAACCGCCACUUCUUCUUCUACAGGAGUAGCUAAAAAUAGUGGAGAUCAUUCUACCGCUAAGAAUAGUGGAGAUCAUCUUCAUGACGGUCCAAAGACGACAGGUAGUGCAGCGAAUGACACCACGACCACUAACAGCAGUACCACAACAAAGACGACUUGGGAGCUUUGUCCUGUGUCUAUUUAUCUCUUCCCCUCGCACGAAGAGCGCAAUGUCUUGCUCUCGACGGCGACCGUGAAAUUUCUCGCCUCAAAUGGAUUCUCCUUCGACACGUGGGUCCGCGAGGGGUGUGCCUGGUUACGUCCAGGCGAGGAGGAACAUGAGAAGUCGGCCAUUAGAGCGCGAAUAGAGGAGAUAGAGCAACUCCGGAAGGCACAGAUGCGGCACUGGCAGAGUGGAGGUUCUGACGGAACUAGUCGUGGCGGAGCAACGACAAGUGGGAAUUACAUUAAGGAGAAUUAUCAGUGGGGUUUUUAAGUAGUUGAAUGGGAGGCAGCAUGUAGUCCUAUGGAAAAAAAAAAGAUUAUAUGUUUUUGGUAUGGUUUUGGUAUUUGGUAACCUGAAUUUGAUCACAAGGAUUCUCUUCUUGUUUUCCUUAUGAUCAAAGUCAGGCUAUCAAAUACCAGAAGUGCCGGAAGGAGUUGGAGGAGGUUGUCUGCAUUAAUUAAUCAAAUUGGAACAUCAUCAUCAAGGAUUCGUAGACGUAUGAUAACUCUUUUUUUAACGUAAAAAUAGAUUCAUACAAUGCACUUCGACAUUUACAGUCCUCGUUCGUCUAAUCCCGCUGGUCGUGGUGCAUCUGCGGGAUCCUCCACUACGCCAGUUCACGUUCCCGAAGGACCUGAUAAGGAGAUUGUGGAGAAAGUUCUGGCUUCGAUUCGAACUUGGUUGGAAGAGACGUCGUCGCAAUCAGGAGAGAGAUCAUCAAACAAUCAUGUAGUUGACAUUAAGGGUACAAGAAAUCUUCCAUUUUCAGAGGCAUCUUCUUGGUCCCGUGUUUAAAGGGAAAAGGAGACAGCCCAAGAUGCUGCUGAGGAUGGAUUUCCAUUAUAGUUCUAAGGACAAGAGUAAGACUGAGGCCGACGCGGCAGCUACUCGUGGUGGCAUUGAGCAGGGUGACAACAGCGCAUCUUCUACAUCCUCUACAACAUCUACUUCUACGAGUACAACGUCUACACCUCCUACGAGUACACCUUCAACGACAACCAGCAUAGACGGUCAAACUUGCACCCAAGAUUCUCUGCAGAUCCCCAUGGAAAACGCUUUUCAGAGAUUACUGCUGCACACAUUGAUCGCACAGGAGUUCCCGUUUCUGUAUUCACAAUCUACGAGGACAGAGCACGGCCGCUUUCUGUCGAUCUUCAAGAAUCAAAAAGACGUCUACGAAGGGCAGUUAAAGCAUCUGGCGAAGGAAAUUUCUUUAGUCGAAGCGAGACGUGGAGUAAGGGAGUUAUUGGAUGCGAUCUCGAAGUCUGGGAAGCUACUGGUAUUAAGGCGUGGUCCCCUAAUGGUCCAUCUUCAGAUAGUGUGAUAAGUGAACAGGCCAAUGCCUAAACCACUAAGCCAACUAGUUGUCCUAGUGGUUGGCUUAGUGGUUUAGGCGUUGGCCUGUUCACUUAUCAUAGUGCAUGAUCUUGGAAGAGCUGUUCUCCAGCCAUCAAAGAGAGAGAGAAAAGCAUAAAGAUGCACCGUCUUAAAAUGGGGAUAGGGGUCAGCGCUAAUGGUUGGACAUAACUGCUUUUACGACGUGUGCCAUCUGUUUCAGACGUUUUACGCUGACUUGCCGGAUAACACGAACACUUCGUCUGGGAAUGGGAUCACACAUGGGAAUACAGCAAGAAUUGCAGAAGACAAUAGUGCGGAGAGGACUCCUGAAGCGGCUGCUGUCUUUGGAAGUGGUAUCAGCAGAGAGGACUUCUUACCUUCGUUACAACUUUUGUUUUUCAAGAAGAACAGACUAGAAAUUAUCUUCAGUUACAAGAACAAUUCAUAUUCUAGAUGAAGAAGUAGCCAAGUAGUUGAAGAUUGCAUGGAUUCUCCCCAAAAAAGGUUUACAAGCAGAAAAUUUACCUCCUGCCUUGGUUACAGCAGCUGGCGGUGGCACGGUCGCUGAGUUCAAGCGACAAUUUAAGGCGGCUCAGUACCCUCCUUGUAAUUCAUUUCCACAAAUCCCCCAAACGUUAAUAAUUCCAUUUUAUUGAUGUGUAGAAGUUUCCUUCUACGUGUUCUGCUUACUUGGACCAUAGUCAUGUGAAUACAAGUUAGAAAUGCAGAACAACAAUUGAUUACUAAAAAAAUGAACUAUAAUUUGUAGAAAUGAACUAUUUUAGAGUAGUUUAUAGAACGGAUGUAGGAUGGACUUGGAUGGAUCGGAUGGAUCGGAUGGACCCCCCUGAUUCUUCCGAUCCUACUGGAAAUGGUGNGGACUUGGAUGGAUCGGAUGGAUCGGAUGGACCCCCCUGAUUCUUCCGAUCCUACUGGAAAUGGUGGGAAGUCCAUCCGUUCCAUCCGAUCCAUCCCAUCCCAGAUUUGGCACCCCUAUAAACUGCUCUACUAUUUGUAGUUGUUUUACCUCCUCUUUUUCAAGCCCACCCUCACUUCUCUAAUAACGGGCUUCAGAGAUUCAAGAAAACAGUGGAUACAAAGUAUAUGUCCGAUGCGCAUGACCUGUUGUCUGUGCUUUCGCCACCAAGCAGUCUCAGGGAUCUCUGUGACUUCAUGGUCUCCAGCUGCAUCUCAAAAGAUUAUGAUCGCGCUGUUCGAGUUUCAUUGUAGAGAAGAAGGUAGAGAUACUCAGUUUCAGAAACUCACUCUGACAGAAAAGACGUAGAUAGUUUGUACACAGACUUUCUUCAGUCUGACGAGGCAUAGACAUAGAUUAGAUUGCUUAUUAUCCACUUUCCCGGAGGGAUCCCGUAUGAUCCAGUUCCACCUCUAAAGAAGGAUGCAAUUGGACGUACGCAGUCUGACGGGUGGCAGAUAUGGAUUCCCCUACCAUUUUCAAAAGUAUCUUGCCCGGGACAGUACAAGUUGUACUACCACGACUACAACUAUGACAGAAAAAAAUGUACUCAUACUCAAGAAAAGAGGUUUUUCCUACUUAGAAAGUGCCUACUUUCUUGAGGAUGAGUACACUUUUUCGUUUCAUAACAACCAGUAGUAGUAGAAGUACGACCGCACGUUUGGGCGAAUUUUCCCACGAUGCUGGUUACGACAGCCUACUGACAGCGUUGACGUUUCUGUUUCAAGCGCAGCAUAUCUUAGAGAAGAAGUCUCUGCGAUGGUCCGAAGUGCCGCACAUUGAAAGCCUCUUUCAGUUAUGUUGAAUUUCGAAAAAGUAUUAAAAGAGUGUCAGUCUCAGGAGGACAGCCAGGUCGUGGUGUUUAGUAAUACGAGAGUCAUUUUUGUGGAUUUCGUGUUCAAUACGCAAUACGAUUACGUAGACGUCGUGGAACAUUCUGUCUCGUCUUUUAGUUUUAUUACAAGAAGAUUCGAACUCGAUAUAGUAUUUUGAUUUUCCGAAAGAACUACACGUUCACGCCUUUUCUACGCAUGAUGUAAGGCGUUCCUGGCCAUCUUGAUUAUAUUUAUUACAGAAGCAACUACAAGAACAACAACUUCAUCUCCACGACCACCCUCUAACCCACCUUUCCUUGAACAAGAUUCGCUUGGUGAAAACCACACCGAAUGUAAUCGACCUCAGUUCCCCCUCUGGUGAUACGGCUGAAGGCCAGGCGAGUGCCGCAAGAAGACACUUCUAUAUGUGUGGCUAUCAGAAGGGAUGGCAAAGGUAUUUUUCUCAACUCUUGAGGAUUUGAAUAUUACAAGCAGGCUAUAGAUUUGAAUAUUACAAGCAGGCUCUACUCUUGCUGCUCCUCUAAUGGGGUGGUAUAAAGGUCUUUGUAUUAGUCUCUUUAUACAUACGAUUUGGUAUUGCAAUUGGUGUUGCGUUUAUUUGUGGACGAUGAGUUUUGUAGUGAGUUAUUUAGAACAAAAACGCAUCACAUAUUUUUAGUUGAUGUCGUUUUCCACAGAUUGCCAGGGCUUAGUCAUUUUUGGAGUUUUGCCUUGGGUUUUUGAUCUUGUUUCAGCUUUGGACUUUGACAAAGAAAUACACACAAAGAACCUCUCACCUAGUACCUACUGUUCAUCAAAUAUGCUUAUGCAUUUAAUAAGUAGAUGAACUACAAGAUCCUCUACCCAACGUGCACCAACUUCUACAGAUGGGAAAUCCUACGCGUGUGGUCGCCAGUGACUGUUUCAAUAAGUGCGGUGUCAGACACAGCUUGUUGGAUUAUCUGCCGCACAGACGAGGACGCGGAGAACCUGGAGAUGAUUUGGCAUAUCAUCCAACAAAAUCAAAAAGAAAAUUAUGGCCUCUAUCAGGAGUAUGUUUAACUACUAGAAGAAUUCGCAGUUACCUCACAUGAAACGAUCUAGUUCUAGAACUAGAACUUCCUGCUUUUAUCACGCGUAGAAGCAUGGUGCUGAAGGCUUUUACACCUAGAAGUGAUGGAAGAUGACGUCCAUUCAUUCUCUAAGCAAAUACGAAAACUCCGAAGUUUAUGCUCUACAGCUACGAUGAAUACCGAAGAGAGGUCGCGUCCAAAGGGCGCUUGGGAGGCCAGGUUUUAUGAGUCCGAUCCAACUCGAGAACUUGUGAGAGCUGUGUGGCUUGACCUCGAAGUCAGCUACCAUUUUGUCUCUACGGUAAUCACGAGUGGCCAUAUCAGGAGCACUCACAUGGCAUGACGUGGCUUGCCGUCCUAGUCACUUAAUACAUUGCUUAGGCAUUUUUAGUAUGGUUAUCAUGGUUAUGGCAACGCUUACGCUCAAGAACUACCUCAAUGUCGCGAUGUUGUGGAGUUGCUCUCUGAGUUCAAUACGAUAUGGAGAUGAAGGUGAAAGAAUGAUUCAAGAUUCAUCUAGUUAUCUGAUUUCUAGAACUUCUUCUAUGUAGUGACGUCAAAUCUAAUGAAGUAGCACAACAAUCAGUUAUGGGUGUAAUAACUACAACUGAGUUGUAAGCUGCAACAACAACAACAACUAGAACUACCAGUACGACAUGUAUCCGUACUAUCUGCGGACGAUAAUUACUCAUGGUUGUCAGAAGACGAAGAGGAAAAAACGGUUCAACCGCUGCCUUUUUUUUCAUUCCGACCGCUUUAUUUGUUUCUCUUGUCGGUUCGUGUCGUCGUGAACAGACGAG